CUCCUCCUCAUUUGCGAUGGCCGAACGUCCGUCGCGCCGAUGGUCGAUCCUCAAGGACGACCUCCUGCAUCCCCUGGGGCUCGUGCCUCUCCAAGCGCGCGCCAACUGCGCCGUGUGUCUCCGAACGUUUUCCUUCUUUCGCGCCAAGUACAACUGCUCGUUGUGCGGCCACGUCAUUUGCCGCAGCUGCGUACUCCGGCUACCGGUACAAGACGACGAGAAGCAGCAGCGCGUCAUGGCCUGUGAAGCGUGCCUCUUUCACGAAGACGAAACCACCCAUCGACGCUGCCAAGCGUCGGCCUCGGACGUCCCGCUGCUGGACGAGGCACCGUCAACCACCGGAUCGGUGUCGCUCCCGUCGUCGCCCCUCCCGCCCGCACUACGUGUAUCUGCGCCCACACGCACCACGUUUAUUUCGCACGGUGAGCUCGUGACGAUAUUGCCACCUCGCCGAAGCGCACUCUGCACACGCUGCCACCGGGUCUUUGGCGUCUUCCGUGUCCAAUACACGUGCCGCACGUGCGGCGAUGCUUUUUGCGGUCAUUGUACCCUUACAAAGCUGGCGCUGCGUCCGGACGGUCGCGCUUCGUACGACGUCGUGGUGUGCAAGACGUGCGUGCACAUUAGCGAGGUCCAUGGAGACUAUGCACGCUGCAAAGCUCUGCAGCCCGAGGUCCUCGUCCGCCUGCAUGCGCCAGCGGAUGCACCGCUGCUCGCGCCAGACGAUGUCGUCGCGGCUCUGCGUCUCGAAUGCCUCGAUGUCGUCGAACACGCUAGCUUGAUCGAAAAGCAGCGCUGGGUGCCCACCAAGCAGCGGUCGACAUGCUUCAAGUGCAAUGCACGCGUGCCGUUUGUCAUGUACAAGAGCCACUGCCCCCUCUGCGGCGAGGCCUUCUGCGUCGUCUGCUUGCAUGCGAUCCUUGUCGCGCACGCACCAGGACGACCCGAAAUGUACAUUGCGCCCAUCUGCCCGUCGUGCCACACGCGCCAUUACGAUCUUGUGAACCGCCGCUUUCUCGGCUCCCCAAGCGACGCCAACAGUCCGGGCACACCGCCCGUCUCGCCAAAUGCGUCCGUGAUGCUUCACUUGCUACAAACCUCGGCGUCGCCCUAAGCAAAUUGUAUAUACUUCUUCAAACGAA